CGAAAAUUUCCAUUAUGGACCCACGAAUCUCUCCAAUCUUUCCCAUUUUCCAUCUCUUUUCCUUUGCUAAUUCUUACGUUCCCUCCGCAGAUCUCGUGAACAAAAUCCCUUUUUUUGCUUUCAAUUUCCCCUGUUUUCCCUCUGUUUUUGUUUCUUCCCGGUAACUCUGUUUCCGUCCCCCCCCCCAUCUCUCUUUGUUUUCUCUCCCCGGGUUAAAAAUGGUUCCAUUUGUUUUCUGAUGAGGGGAUGAUUGCCCAUUUUGACCCAGACCUGUUUUCUUGAUCUGGGUCAAUCUUGGUUUCUCGAGCUCAACAAUGGGUUGCAUUAGCUCCAAACAUGGCGAUGCUGGCGAUGACAGGACGGUGGUGGCAGCCUCCCCUGCUCCGGUGCUCCGCAAAAACAGCCAUGGCUUAUCGUUUUCUUCAUCAAACAAGCAACAAUCUGGGGGGGUGAAGCUUGAUGGAGAUGAUGAGAAAUUGGAGGAAAACGGUAGGAUCAUUAACCAGAUGAGAAACCGGGAGUUGAAGAAAUCAAAGAGGGAGAAGGGUUCUGGUAGGAAGAGCGGCUCCUUUAGCUUCAAAUUAAGCGUUUCUCAGAGGCUUCUGGAGGCUGAACAUGUCGCCGCCGGUUGGCCUUCUUGGCUUAGCUCAGCCGCUGCUGAAGCUGUUCAUGGUUGGGUUCCUUUGCAGGCUGUUUCUUUUGAGAAACUGGACAAGAUCGGACAAGGAACGUACAGUAGUGUGUUCAAAGCACGCGAAAUCGAAACGGGGAGGAUGGUUGCCUUGAAGAAGGUGCGGUUUGACAACUUUCAACCCGAAAGCAUUCGGUUUAUGGCUCGGGAAAUAAUGAUCCUCCGCAGAUUGAACCAUCCGAAUAUCAUGAAAUUGGAAGGGGUGAUCACGUCAAGGUUUUCAAGCGCUAUAUACCUUGUUUUCGAGUACAUGGAACAUGAUCUUUCGGGUCUAACAUCUUGUCCGGAUAUCAACUUCAGCGAGGCUCAGGUGAAGUGCUAUAUGAAGCAGCUAUUGAUGGCGCUUGAGCAUUGCCAUAUGCAAGGUGUAAUGCACAGAGACAUCAAAGCAUCCAACAUUCUGGUGAACAACGAAGGUGUUAUGAAGUUGGGGGAUUUCGGAUUGGCAAACAUCUUAACCUCGAAGAACAAAAAUCAAUUGACCAGUCGAGUCGUCACUCUCUGGUAUCGCCCUCCUGAGCUUUUGAUGGGAUCCACAAGUUAUGAUGUCUCGGUGGAUCUAUGGAGCGUUGGCUGUGUUUUUGCUGAAGUUCUUAUGGGCAAACCUAUUCUUAAAGGCAUAACUGAGGUUGAACAACUCCAUAAAAUCUUCAAACUAUGUGGGUCGCCACCAGAUGAGUAUUGGAAAAGGCUCAAGCUUCCUCAUUCCACAAUGUUUAAGCCCCAACAUCAGUACGAAAGUUGUCUCCGACAAAGGUGCAAAGAAAUCCCGGCAACUGCAUUGAACUUGUUGGAAAGUCUGCUUUCCAUUGAACCCCACAAGCGCGGGUCUGCAUCUGCUUCACUUGCGUCCGAGUAUUUCCACACGAAGCCAUACCCCUGUGACCCUACAAGCAUGCCCAAGUAUUCGCCUAAUAAGGAAAUCGACGCCAAACAACGAGACCACUUACGAAGGAAGAAGUUCGGAGCUAAACUUAGAGAUCCGGUGGGAGUAACAAGAAAAGCAAGAAGACCUCGUAAAACGAUGCAAGAAUCUAACAAUGACAAUAAAACAGUGGCGACAGAAGAACAGCAGGCCAAUGCACGAUCCGAUGGAAAAAACAAUGAAGUUACCGCAAAUAAUCCGAACCCCAAAGAUCUGAAUCAAUCAGUCGAUACGCGAUCGGAGACAUCGCAAGUGACAACGGUAUCUCGAGGCGAUAUUUACACCGGUCCGCCACAGGCGACUGUAUCGAACAGCUUUGCGUGGGCAAAGAAGCAAAGAGAUGUGAAAUCAACGCUUUCUUACAACCAACCGAGUUCGAUCAGUGAAAUAAAUGAUCCAGAUUCAUCGAGCUUCAUCUUCAGAAAUGCAGAUAACAUCUUUAGUUCAUCAAAACACGAGAAUCAAGAUGUUUCUGAAGGCGUAAUUGAUAAUGAAGCGCAAAACAAUCUUGAGAAAGCAGAUUUCUUUGACGCCAUUGAUGUGUUUCCUCUUGACGACCUGACUACUAAACACAAAAACAAGUUAAAGGUUAGGUAUUCGGGGCCGUUAAUCUUUGAAUUGGAUCAAGUUGAUGAACUCCUGCAAAGGAAUGAAGACCAAAUCCGGCAAGCAGCUCGAAGAACAAGUUUGGGUAAAGGUGAUUUAGGGAUUGAAACAAGGCACUUAUGCCCACAACUUAAUCUAAAUUUGGUGUUUUAGACCCUCAUUUAAAAAAAUCAACCGAAUAUUUAAUUUUUUAGGGUAAACUACAUUUUUAGUAUCCCAAUUAUCAUUUUUGCUUCGUUUGGAUUGCUCAAUUACUUUUUAUUUCAAAAUCAUACAUAGCA